AAUCAUUUCCAGGGCAUGUCGCACCUGCAUUGUGUUCAGCACUUUCGAUUGUUUAUUAAUAACAAAACAUGGCGGAAGAGAAAGGAAGAAAUUCUUCUUCAAGCCCGUCGCCAUCACCUAUGUUUAUUCCUAAACAAUCAUUUGUUUGGGAGAGAAAAAGAAAUAAAGUGUAUUCUAAGAAGAAAAGAAAACCAUCAAAAUCACCCAAUGCUUUAAAUUCACCUGAAUUUACAUUUGAAUUCAAGAAUGACAAACCUCUAGAUUUUGGUGACCACUUCUUUCUAUCAGGUGACAUUCCUCAAGCAGUGCCCUACUAUACAACGAUGCUUGAAGAACAGAUAAUGGUCGAUUCGAAUAACAAUUCAAAUGGAGAAGACAACAAUGAGCUUGAGUGGUCGAACACAUAUUUGACGUCUAAACUAUCAGAAGUAGAAAAGAUGAUAGAAAUCUACCCACGUGAUCCGUCACUAUACUUGCAGAAGGCGGCAGUUUUGUUUUUUCAAGAUAGAUGGGCAUGGGCGAGGGAGGUUUUAUCGUUAGCACUCACAAAAUGUUCAGACAAAAGCGAAAUCAGAGCGGCCAUAGGAAACCUCAACAAACUGGAAAGAAGUCUGGCUGUUUGUAUUGGAUAGUUGGAUAGUAGUGGAUUUACAAUUUUACCUGGAUUGUAUAUAGAUUUUUAACUUUUAUACUGUAUUUUGAAGUCAUAUUUGUAAUAUUUUUUUACAGUGGAUUUACACAUCCAAUAGUUUUCAAUAUUUUGCUAUUUAUGUCUUUUACUGCAUUUGUGUAUAGUUUUUUACAGAAUUAUAAUUCUAAGAAAUAUUUUAUAAAUAUUG